AUGGAGGAUCAGGAGCGUCCUCGUAAAUUACCAAAGCUCGGCCACGAGGACGAUUCAACCCAGGCACUCGGUCCUGCCAUGACUGGAGCUGCAGAGGUGGCCGGCAAAGAGCCGGAGCCGGCGAUUGAGAACGAGCCCCACGAUCUAUCCGAGUUUAUUGUUGAGAAACACGCCAAUACCGAUGAAACUGCGUCCAUAGAGGGCGCCGACGGGGCUCCGGCUAAAAUGUCAAAGAACCAACUGAAGAAGCUCCGUCGACACGAAAGUUAUUUGGCAAAGCGCGACAUGCGCAAAGACCAACGGAAAGAGAAGAUUGCACAAAAGAAAGAACGUCGCCAAGCUCUAUUCAAUGAGGCACGCGCGACAGGUGGCGAAGAAGCUGUCGAAAAGCUCCGCGAGACAUUCCGAUCUACAAAAGCCAAGCACUCCAAAUCCACCCUGAUACCCUUGACAUUCGUGAUGGACUGCGGCUACGACGAUCUAAUGCUACAAAAGGAGCGCAUCUCUCUUGCAUCGCAACUCACACGAUCCUACUCCGAUAACAGCCGCGCACAAUACCACGCACACCUGAUGUGCUCAUCAUUUGACAAGCUACUCAAGGAACGAUUCGACACCGUGCUAUGGGCACACAAGAACUGGAAACGCAUUCGGUUUAUGCCUGAGGACUUUACACAUGCUGCCGAGCUGGCCAAGGCACAGAUGGCAGGUCCACGGGGAGGCAGCCUUGCCGGCCCGUUCGCUGAACAACCCGAUGCGAAGCCUGAAGACGGCGAGGUCAUCUAUCUUAGCAGUGAUAGUGAUAAUACUUUGACUGAGCUGAAGCCGUACAGCACUUAUAUUAUUGGCGCUUUGGUGGACAAGAACCGACACAAGGCCGUCUGCUACAAGCAGGCUGUUGCGAAGGGCAUCAAAACCGCCAAGUUGCCUAUUGGCGAAUACAUUGAAAUGUCUCACCGCUCUGUAUUGGCCACCAACCAUGUUGUUGAAAUUAUGCUUAGGUGGUUGGAGUGUCGAGACUGGGGUGAGGCGUUCAUGAAGGUCAUCCCUCAACGCAAGGGUGGAACAUUGAAGGGCAGGAAUGGUCAAAAGGUGACUGAGGCCGAGGCCGAGGCUGAGGAUGAUGCUGAGAAUGCGAAUGAAGAAGCAGAAUCUGCAGAACAGAUGAAGCAGAUUGAGGUUAUGGAGGAAGCCAGUGAGGAUGAAGACGAGGAGAAGAAGUAG